CUGGCCACAAUGCGUGGAAAAAAAUGCGGUUAUAGCGAAGUCGGAACUAAGCGGGUAUGGAAGCGGGACUGGGGUCGGGUCACCUUAUGCACCUCUGCCCGGGCAGGACCGCCGCCUGAUCUGCCUCUGCCAUUCCAGACAGGAUGGUUUCACGAACAAGACUGAAAAAUGAACUUUAGCUAGUUAAUUUAAUUGGAAACGGAAUGAAAGAAGGUUUUAAGCCGAAGAUUGGCUGCUGGUUGCGAUAGGCCUUAUUUGUAAAUUGUUACUUCAUUUUCUUACCAUUUUGAAUACGAAAUCUACCUUUCAAGUUUGCAACCAUUCUGCCAACAUGAAGCGAGUAAACAGCUUCCAGAGGUUCAUGAACAGCCGAGCCACUGCCAACUGCCGCUACCAACCCACAUGCUACGAGCACGCGGCUAACUGCUACACUCACGCGCUGCUCAUCGUGCCAGCCUUCGUGGGCUUGGCACUGCUGCACCGGCUCUCCGACGACCGCUGGGAGAGGAUCACGGCUUGGGUUUAUGGAAUGGGUCUGUGUGCCCUCUUUCUGGUCUCAACCGUUUUCCACAUCGUCUCCUGGAAGAAGAGCCACAUGAGGUCGAUGGAGCAGUGUUUUCAUAUCUGUGACAGGGUGGUCAUCUACUUCUUCAUCGCCGCCUCCUACACGCCAUGGCUGAACCUCAGAGAACUGGGCCCUUUGGCCUCUCACAUGCGCUGGUUUGUGUGGCUCAUGGCAGUGGGAGGAACCGUCUAUGUGUUCAACUACCACGAGAAGUAUAAAGUUGUUGAGCUGACCUUCUAUCUAACAAUGGGUUUUUUCCCUGCAUUGGUUGUGACAUCGAUGAAUAACACGGACGGCCUUCAGGAGCUGGCCUGGGGGGGCCUCAUCUACUGCCUGGGGGUGGUGUUCUUCAAGAGUGACGGAGUCAUCCCCUUCGCCCAUGCCAUCUGGCACACGUUCGUGGCCCUCGCUGCCGCCGUGCACUACUACGCCAUCUGGAAGUACCUGUACAGGAGCCCCGCCCCGGAAGUCAGCAGGGAGCUCUGAGCCAGCAGCCUCGUGUUUACAUGCCGCAGUGUUUUUCUGACCAGAUGGGGGCACUCUCGAGUCCAUUUCCGUCCCCCAGUAUCUCUGUAUAGAACAUGAGCUAAACCACCAUAACUUUUGAUAAGUCUUUUAACUCUUUGUACCGGUAAAAAGCUGGGCGUUCACAUUCCGCACGUUUCUACCUAACUACCACUGGUUUUGCUAGCUGUCCGUGAUAUUUAAGGGAUUUUAAAGCGACAGAGACCUCCUUCCAUAUGGGUCCUGAAUCCAGGGUCCACACUUCGUAGUUCCUGUACCUGAGGUACAGCAUAGGGAUAAAUUAUGUGAUCCUGUUGCUUUCUUAGGUCAGAUCUGGAACGUUUCCCCUUUUCUAACUCAACGAGUCGUGUCUUUGAUAUGCGGGAUGUCAGCGUUUUGUAGUUCUAUACAGCUCGCGUUUUGUAUGCGGACCCGCACCUUCACGCGCACGGUUACUGGAGGUGUUCCAGUAGUCCGGAGGGGCGUGACGACGGCAUUAGCGGGCAAACCAGUUUUGUGGCGACUGAAACCAAAACCGCAACGACUGCAUCCAAAGAAACUGUGG